AAAACGUAAACAAACAAUUAUAAAAUAUAUUUUAUUUUCUCAUUUAGUUGUUAACAGUUGUUAAAUUUACAAGAAAACAUGAACGUGUCAAGUUUAAAUGAUGGUGGAUCAUCAAAAUCAGCAAAAAGAAAAUUCAUGCAAUGGGCAUCAAAAUGGUUUUACGCUGAAAUUCAUGAUGAUGAACAAAUAAAACCAGAUACACCAAGUUUAAUAUGUCUUUUACAAUCAAUUGGUUUUCAAUUACGUAAGUUUGAAAAAUCCGAAGAUUUUUUUGAUUAUCCAGUUGAUGAAUCAGUGAGAAUAAUAUUGGAAUGUGGUAGCUCAAGAAUGAAAGCUGUUAUGGAAUUAAAUGAUGUUAAAUGUCAAUGUCCAUGUACUGAUGAUCCAAAAAAUAUAUCAAUGUGGAGUGUCAGUGGAAUCACACCAACUGGAAGUACAGAUAGUAUCAAUAAAAUUGAAGAAAGUGGAAGUAAUUUACUUCCACGUGUAUCAAAAGAUACUCGUCAAAUGAUUCACGAUGUUACUCACUGUUUGUUCAAUACAAUUAAUCAUAAAAAUGGUAAUGAUUUUAAUGAUGGUAUGUUUAAUAAAAAAAGAACAAGUGCAUCAUACAAUGAUUUAUCAAAAGCAGCAUUGUCAAGUUCAUUCACCAAUUCACGUGGUCAUACUAAUCCAGAAUUUGCAUUGUUAAAGCUUUGUGCAUUAAAUAAUUCUACAACUUCUUUAUCAAGACUUGGUAAACCAUUGCAAGAUGAAAGAAGAAAAACAAUUAGUGGAAAUAUACCAAAUAUUCAAAUUGACAGAGUAAUUGAUCCACUUGCUCAUCAAAAUAACUGGAUAUCAAAUUCCAGUAGUUAUCAAGUUGCUCCACCAGAAUCACCAAAAGUUAUUAAAACUUCACCUGGUACUGUUAAACAGUUAUGCUCUGUAUUUGAUGGUAAUAAUGAACUAUUAACCAUGGCUGAAUGUUUGAAAAGAGCAAAAUAUUAUAUUGAAAAAGUACAAUCAUUUGAUUGUAGCUCAAAUGAAUCAUCUGCAAUUGUUCAUCAUGAUGAUGAUGGUGAUGAUGAUGUGUUUGUUAAGCCAACAAUGCCACCACCAAAAACAACACAAGCUCGUACAACUACUGCUGUUAAAAAAAUAUUAAAUACAACAAUAACAAGUCCAAGUAGUAGUUUAUCAAGUAGAUUAUCAGCUCAAAGUAAAUUAUCAGCUCAAAAUAAAUUAUCAACUCAAAAUAAAUUAUCAACUCCAAAUAAAUUACAAUCACGAAAAAGUAUUGGUGAUAUUGAUAGUAAUAAAAAAAUACUUGUUAAACAAGUUUCAGAAAGAGUUAAAAAUACUUAUGGUUUAUCAUCAUCAUCAAUUGAUUUAACAGCAUUAAAAUCAUCAAAAAAUUCAAGUAUUUUAAAACGUCCAAAAUUAAUUAGAACAAGUACACAAACAAAGAUUGGUUCAUCUGUUUCAACUUUAACUAAAACUAAAAUUUCACCAAUUAAAACAACAUAUAAAGCAUCAUCAAGUUCAUUUGGUUUAUCAAAAACACGUGGGCAAUUUACAUCAGCAUCAACAAGUCGUUUAGCAUCACCAAAAAUUCAUACAUCAUCAAAUGUUAAAACUACAACAGCUUCUGUUAAUUCAGGUAUUAAAAAAACAUUGGUUAAUCAUGUUAUAUUUUUAUUUUAUUAUUAA